GCGUGCGAACGUGUGCGCCGAGUGUGAGUGUGUGUGCGCGCGUGCCUGCCUGCCCACGCGCGUGUGUCUGCUCUGCUGUUGCUGCCCUUUGAUCCCUGCAUUAGUGUUAGUUAGGGGCUCAGAGACACACUUGCACCGAGAGCAGCCAUAGUCAAGACACGGCAACAACAACAGCAAGCGGCACCUCCUCCGCCCGUGUUCCCGUUCCCCCCCUGAACAAUACACUUUAAACCGAGCAAAGCCAGGUGCACGACCGAGUCCCUGCCAUCACUGGCGCCUCCGGUCUCAAUGGGAAAAAUCCUUUUUUCUCCUCAUCCCCAAACAAGGACGAGAAUGUGAUUAAAAAGCGGGGGGAAAAUGCCAAGGAGGAAGCAGGAGCAGCCCAAGCGCCUGCCUUCACAUUUGGACGGCGAUCAGGAAGGGGGCCCCGAUGACGGUGCUGUGGAGGAGGAAGGCUGGUUUGGGAACACCUCCGACGCGCGCUCCGACUCGUCGUCUUUCGGGGACACGCAGGAUGAGCUCCUCCUGCACAGGGGCUCCUCCCCCGACGAGCAGCCCGCCGUCGGCGUCGGCUCCGGGGACCGUGACGGCGGCGGAGGCGAGAGCUCGCUGGGCUGCCCGACGCCCGUCCAUCGUGCCUCUCUGGAACUUCUUGGCCUGGAUGGAAGUACAUUCUCGGCCCAGGACACCCUCUCCUCUGUCGUGUCGUCGCUGUACGGCGAGGCGGCGUCUCGAGCCCUGGGGAAACCCCUCAGCAGCAACCUGCGGCGCCUCCUAGAGGCCGGCUCCUUCAAACUUGACGGUGGGGAGGUCCUGGGUCGGUCGUCUAGGGGAAAUGCCGGGGGCGAGUCCCCCCCCAUCGCUCUGGCUCCGCCUCUGACCCUUUCCCCGUCUUCCCACCACGCCCAGCAGCUAAGUGCUCUUGCCCGAAAGCUGGCCAACAACAACAGUGGCUCCGCCUCACCGGCCUCCUUGGCACCCUCGGUCACCCACAUAAAGCAAGAACCCCUGGACCCCUUUAACUCCGCCGCCCCCACCAAUGGGAGCGGCUUCGUGUGGGCGGGCGUGGCCGACAAAUGGCCGCCGGCCUCCUGCUCUACGCCCUGCGGCUCCAGCCUGUCCCCAGACUCCGCCAUCCAGAAGUUGAAAGCGGCGGCGAACGCUGUGCUUCAAGACAAGAACGCCGUCGCUUCCUCCUCGACGACCUCCUCCUCGUCCACCUCCGCCUCGUCCUCGGUGCCCGCUCUGGGCGGGGGCGGCCGCGGAGACGACGUGGUGCGCUUCGACGCCUUCAGCUCCCCGUUCAGCCCGCAGUCGGCGAGCUCCACCCUCGCCGCGCUUUCCAAGAAAGUGAGCGAGCGGAGCCAGGCGUCGUCGACCGCCGGCGCCGCUCCGGACCACCAGCCCUCGGCGAGCUCCUUCCUCUCUCUCGUGUCGAUUACCACCUCCUCUGCUGCCUUGCUCAAAGAGGUGGCAGCCAGGGCGGCGGGAAACCUGCUGGCAGACAAGAAGGACGGUUCCCCCUUGUCGACGGCGGGGGUCCUCCAAGAGGACGUGAAGCCCCUGCUGGACAGGAACCAGAAGGCGGCGACGCCCACCACGCCCACGCAGAGCCUGGAGCUGCUGCUGCCGUCUACGCCCAAGGCCAGAGGCAAGCCCAACAACCAAGCAGGUUCUCCUGAGGAUGGCGGGAAACCGUUCCAGUGUCCGGUUUGUGGGCUGGUCAUCAAACGCAAGAGCUACUGGAAGAGACACAUGGUCAUUCACACAGGCUUGAAAAGCCAUCAGUGUCCGCUGUGUCCCUUCCGAUGUGCUCGCAAAGACAAUCUCAAGUCUCACAUGAAGGUACAUCAGCACCAAGACAGAGGCGAGACAUUUCAAUGCGAACUUUGUCCCUUUACCUCCUCCCGACACUUCAGCCUGAAGCUUCACAUGCGCUGCCACCAGCACUUCCCUCGCACAGACGUCAAGGUGAAAGAAGAGCCCACCACCGACACCGAGGGCGAGGGAUCCCUGCUGGGAGACAGCGGUACCACGGAUCUGAGAGCAGCGGAGGCGUCUCCGCUGCACACAGACGCCCAGCAGCAAACCUCCCCUCCGACCGAAGCGUCUUCUAAUCACGUCCACGUCAAGGAGGAGCCCCAGGAGAGGGAUCUGUCCGUGCUCUCCCCGUUCAGCAUUUGCAGAGACCGCCCAGGCAGCAGUACCAAUUCCCUAGACCUACCCGGAGUUGGUAUCGGAGUUGGGAUGAGGUCCAGUCCGAGUGGUCCGACCACGGCCUCGCUCUUCAGCCCCGACAUCACCACCAAAACGGCAACUGACCUGCUUAUGAAGCUUUCAGCAGCCAACCAGAGGGAAUCCCUCAAGUCUCCAUUCCACCUGAAGGAAGAGCCCAAAGUGGAGGAGGCGCCGAGCCCGAGACCAUCCUCGCAGUGCCAGAGCCAGGUUCAGCCAAGCUUCCCUGGCUCGUUCUGUCAGGAUGGGCCGACGGGAGCCAUGGAGCCACUGAAGCCGAGGGAAGGAAGCCCCAUGGCUAAAAACAGCCUGCUGAGCCAGGAUAUCAAUGUAAAGGUGGCCUCAGAGCUGCUCAUCAAGCUGUCAGAGAACAGCAAAGACGCCCAGUACCAGAAGGUGAAGGUAAAGGCCGAGCCCAUGGAGGUGGACCCGCCCCCCGAAGAACGCACGCCGCCUGCCUCCCACCUGCUGACCUUCAGCACUUUAGGGGCGAGCGAGAAGAGCGAGCCAAUGAGUAGCCUCCCAGAGACGUUGGCCUGCCACCCCCAGAAAGACCUCUUCUCCCAAGACAUAUCGGUCAAAAUGGCCUCCGAGCUGCUGUUCAAACUGUCAGAAAAAGUAAGCAAAGCCAACAACCACAAAGACGGUAACAUGGUGGGAAUAAAUAGUUCCAGCUCGUUUCUGGACGAGUGCUUCAGACAAUCACCCUUUAACUCGCGCUCCAAGAGCUCGUCCCCCGCUGAGGCCAGUUCCUCCACCAGGGCACCGUUCCACGACUCGGAGAAGGACGGCGGCGAGCCGGGCAACGGACUCGCCCAGUGGAAGCUCCACGAGCAGCUCUUCCCCUGCCCCGUCUGCGGGAAGGUGUUCGGCCGACAGCAGACCCUCUCCAGACAUCUGUCUCUCCACACAGAGGAGAGGAAAUACAAGUGUCACCUGUGUCCUUACGCAGCCAAGUGCAGAGCAAACCUCAAUCAGCACCUGACCAUCCACUCCGUGAAGCUGGUCAACACGGACGCCGAGCAGAUCGUCAGCGCCGUUACAGCCGACUCUGCAGAGCGCAAGAACUGCCCGUACUACUACAGCUGCCAUGUGUGCGGUUUCCAGACGGAGCUGAAUGCCCAGUUUGUCAGCCACAUGUCGCUUCAUGUGGACAAGGAGCAGUGGAUGUUCUCACUCUGCUGCAGCGUCUGCGACUACGUCUGUAUGGAGGAGAGCGACAUGAAGAGCCACAUCGGUACCGGACACGCAGGUCUGAAUUCAAGAAGCCCCCUCAGCGAAACCAAGAGCACCUCGUCGUCUCUGUCGGCCCUCAGCGAUUCGCUCAACAGCUCUGAAGGCGGAGAUGUCGCCCACGGUAACGAGGAGCUGAAGAACCUGCUGGCCCCGCCCUCCUCCGCGGGCAGCCAGGCCAGCUCCGGAAGUCACUCGGGAUCAGGAGCCGAGGACAAGUCGGACAAAGGUUUCGAGUGCGUUUUCUGCAACUUCGUGUGCAAGACGCGCAGCAUGUACGAACGGCACCUCCAGAUCCACCUCAUCACGCGGAUGUUUGAGUGCGACGUUUGCCACAAGUUCCUCAAGACCCCCGAGCAGCUGCUGGAGCACAAGAAGUGCCACACCGUCCCCUCCGGAGGGCUCAAGUGCCCUUUUUGCAUCUACUCCACCAAUCGUCCAGCGGCCAUGGAGUGCCACCUGAAGACGCACUGUAAGAUGGAGUACCGCUGCCGCAUCUGCCAGGGACUGUGGCCGGACCAGGCCUCGCUGGAGGCGCACAUGCGGGGGCACCGCCUGGGCAACCACUACAAGUGCGAGCAGUGCGGCUACCUGUCCAAAACGGCCAACAAGCUCAUCGAGCACGUGCGCGUGCACACGGGCGAGCGGCCCUUCCACUGCGACCGCUGCUCGUACAGCUGCAAGCGCAAGGACAACCUCAACCUGCACAAGAAGCUGAAGCACGCGCCGCGCCAGACUUUCGGGUGCCAGGAGUGCCCCUUCACCACCACGCACCCCUUCGUCUUCAGCCGCCACCUCAAGAAACACCAGAAGGGAGGCGCGGAGGGGAUGGAUGGGGGAGCAGCAGCAGGAGGGGGGGGGGUAGAGGACGAGGAGGAGCUGCCGCCGGAGGAGGCGUCGUCGUCGCUGCAGAAGAGCCAGGAGAGCCUCCCGUCGGGCGGAGGGGGCAGCAGCGGGGGGAGCGGCAGCAACAGCCCCCUCAUGAGUCUGACGGCGUCUCAGGCGCUGCAGUCCGUCGCUCUGUCUCUGACGCUGGGCCGGUCCCGCCAGCCGGAGCCCGCCGCCCGCCUGCGCGUCGCCGUCAGCCCCCCCUCCCUCUUCCCUCCCUCCUCCCACCACGUCUUGGAGCAGUACAGGAACGGCGAGCAGGCCCACCUGAUCCCCCUGACCGCCCUGUUCACCCACAACAGCCGCUUCACAUUCCACUCGCACCUCCACUCCAGAUGGCGGCCGGCCACGUCUCCCCUCGUCUCCCCCUGCGACGCGGCGCCCGCCUCCCCCCCCUCCCACAAACACUCCUUCCUGGCCUACCUGGGACUGACGGAGAGGGCCAAAACUGUUUGACCUCACCCCCCCCUCCCUAACACCCCCCUCCCCCCUUCCCUCGGACGGUGGUGCGAAUGACACUUGACCACUGCAGCGGGAGCAACGUCUUUUCCAAUCAGACCAGCAGAAUAAGCUGGACCAGACAAACAUAUUAGAGGAAGAAGGACAAAAAAAAAAAACAUUUAUAAGAGGAAAAAACGCUGUACAUGCUAGAAUGCAUUUAUAUCAAAAAGCUGCUUUUCUUAUCAGUUCUAUCAAUUGAAUUAUUACAAGUACUACACUCUAUUACCUUUUUUUUUUUCUGUUUGUAAGCAACUGAAUGACCCAGUUGCUCUAUCUGAUGAAACUUGCGUCUCCCGGUUUUAUAGAUAUUUUUUCUUUUUGUCGUUGGACAAGAUAAAAAGUUGAGGGGGGGGUUGGAAAAAGACAAAACAAGCAUUGCAAGUGCUAUAUUUUAGUGCAUUUGUGUCCCUCUGCUAUUAUGCAUCGAAAUGGCAUGCCUGUUCCUGUGUUUCAGCUAGCUGUGCCGUCAUUAGGAAGCUGAACUCCAGAUAUCCUCAAGUGUUAACCGCUGCGAGGAGCUGGAAAGGUCCCGUUUUCCAAAGCGACGCCUCAGACCGUGCACUUACCUAUUUAUCAACCUUGUACAUAGUUUUGUAGCCCCGCCCCCCAUUUCCAUCUGUUUUUAACUUUUUUCUUUUUGCGUGACGGCGUGACGUGCGUCGCUGCUGACUGAUCUCAAGUCUGUCUCAGAAUCAAUGUGCUGUAAUGGGUCACGGGGAGCCGAAGGUCUGGUUCGCUAGCUUGGAGAAUAAGCUGUGAUAUUGUAAAUAUGAACAAAUGUUCAGUCUGAACUAUCAUGGAGAAAGAUGCAUUUAUUAUCAGAGAACCUAAAUAUAAAAUACACGUUUUUUGUUUUUGCUUUUGCACUCCCAGGCGAAUAAGCAGUAAAAUCUUUCAGAUUCAGGGGUCUUUUACAGGACUGUGCAAAAGACUGGCGUCACCCUUAGUUUAGCUUUUCCUUCCAAGGAGACAGAUUGUCCUUUAAUCUGUGGUUUUUCAGGCUUUUUGCAGGUCUUUGGCUGCCUUUAUUUGUAAUUUCCUUCCAGUACCCAGAUCCCUUAUUUAAACGUUGGUUUAGACCAGGGGUCGGCAACCUUUGUAACCCGCAGAGCCAUUUUUGCCCACGUUCCAGCUAAACAAAUUUUGUUUAGAGCCACAAAAGUUACACCUCUCUUCGAAACAAAAGCUUGUUUUUAUAGCAUAUUAUAGGAAAUUUGUUUCAUUUUUUUUAAUUAAAGAUCAACAGUUAUUAUUUAACCAACAGUAUUUUUAUGUUAAGGUUUGAUGCAUUUUCUUGAAUUGGACAUUUGAAUUUUAUAGCAAAUGGCAUCAAAAUGAUUAAAAAGCAAGUCGGUUGCAAGCUAUUGACAAGAAGAUACUUAAUUUAGCUAUUGUAAAAUAUUCCAUACACCAUUAGUUUCUUUCCUUCUGGAAAUGUUAUGCAUAUAUUCCAGAACUAAAUGCAUCCUAAAUCUAGCAAUUUUAAAUCACCUUUACAUUUAGAAACAUUGACCGAUUAUUUCCUCUCGAAUUUUUGGUUUUUUUAAGAGCCAAAGCUGAAGGUGUAAAGAGCCACAUGUGGCUCUGGAGCCACAGGUUGCAGACCCCUGGUUUAGACUAAUGAACACUUACAUGUAAAGGUGUUUAAAAAAAAAAAAAAAAAA